GCGACGACGCGCACUCCAUGUUCCUCCGCCGAUUGUGGUCCUCCUCCUCUAUAUUAUCGCAAGCCAUGGCCGACCCCAAGAUCAAAGCCCAGAGCAUCAUCGACGAGAACGCCGUCGCCCUGUUCUCCAAGACGUAUUGUCCUUACUGCAAGGCCUCCAAGGCGCUCCUCGACAGCCUAGGCGCCAAUUACAAGGUCGUCGAGCUGGACGUGGUCGCGGACGGCCCCGCCCUCCAGGACGCCCUCCAGGAGAUCUCGGGCCAGCGCAGCGUCCCCAACAUCUGGAUCGGCAAGAGGCACAUCGGCGGCAACUCCGACCUGCAAGCCAAGUCUGGCGAGCUCAAGGACCUACUGGUCGAGGCUGGUGCCCUCUGACUCCCGGGCUCCACCACGUCUAAGUUGUAACGGGGACAUUCCGCGGCGCCUCCUGUCCACCGAGCCUCAGAUAGCCGAUGGCGACGUUGGAACGGCACGCGUAGUAUGCGGGGUAGAGGCCAUAUUUCGCGGUGCUCGGAUACUGGCGGGAGCGUGCUCAGUUGUGGUGGCGCGAUACGGGGAAUUGGGCUAGCGAUGCCGUGUAGAAUUACCGACAGAUAGACGUGGUGCCCCCAGACACGUGGGAGAGAAUCAACGCAUUGCCUUCCGCAACCA